AACUUGAUCUCACAAUCAGUUGAACCUUAUCGCGAACGUAGAACGGAUAUGCGUGAAACGCGAGUGUAAUACACUCUUGCGAGACCACUCGUGCGGGAAAAAGCGAUUGCGCUUUCAUGUCGCUACAAUAGAGGAUAUUCUUCCUUCUCUUUCGUGGGACAGACAAAUGGGCGCGAGAAAAGACUUUGCGGGAAUAAAGUGAAAGUGCAAGUCCGACGUUGUGAAUAGGAAGAUGCUAGAACUCAGAAAAGCGAAACUUACAUUAAGCGUUUUGCAACAUUUGUGCUUACUAGCAGUCGGAGUGGCUUCUGGAAUUUGUCUGUAUUUCGGCCUUAUAUCGAGGAAAAAUUCAAAACUGGAGGAAACGAAACGAGAGAUCGAUGACGGACGUUGCGCCUGUUGCCUAGCACCGUUUCUAGUCAGCCGUGGUGUGCGUUGCAACGAUUGCGGCGCAAAAUCUUGCAAAAAAGCCUGUUCACGUUGGGACACGUCUGAUAAUGCCUGGCAUUGCAUAUUCUGUUAUCAACAAAGAUUGUGGGUGAGAAGGAAUGAGAAAUGGUUCGAUAUUUUCGGGAACGCGGCGAAUGAAGAGGAGGAAGUGCACAGCGUCUUCGGUACCGCCAAAUCACGAGUCUAUGUUGCAGGACAUGCAGUCGCAGUCCCGAAUAUGGAACAAAUUCAAGAAGAUCGGGAAGAGAAAUACAUGGUGCACGCGGUUCAAAAUUUCGUUGAAAAGAUAGUCGAGGGUCUCAUUGAUAGCGUGGAUGACACACCAAUCGAUCGAUUGUACAACGACGCCAAAUACGAUAAAUUUUUGGAAGAGCACCGUCCGCCACUGAUUGCCGCUUUAACUCGGUUAAUUGCGUGCCUGGAAGCAUCUCUUAUAAACAAACCAUCUACGGAUCCGCCAGCUAUGGCGCACGGGGCUCUCAGAGAGAUCGUUGAACGAGCGGUCGAGGAAGCUCGGAAGUUACCGGGAUUGAGUGCGGACACUGAGAAUCCUCGAGAAGGACGUGCCAUUGCGGAUAAUAGCUACGAGGACCUCCUCGCCACCGCGAUACUCAAUAAGGUCAUUGAGAAAUAUCAAAGAGAACGAGUAGAUGGCAACAGCAAUGUUCUGCGCGACACAGAUUCGCCGAAGGCAAAAUGUACCAGAAUCGAGACCGAGAAUGGCCUUGAAGAGGAAGACGUGGCGAGCUACGCGUGCUAUCGUCCCGAAAGCAACGGUGAUCGUAGUGAGUCAAUCGGACGAAAUGGAGACGAUCAGGAGCCGGUGUCUUUCAUGAUGGAAGAGCGGAUAGAAGAGAUAACCACGAUCACGGACGAUGGCGAACUUCAAAACAACGAUGCCUUGGAAUUCAAACACACCCGGCGCGUUCCAUUUCCGGAAUACGGAAUGGAUAUCGUUGAUCCUCGGCGAGAAUUGUCCUCGCCGACAUUAUCAACGUCAUCGGACUCGUCGGACUUAAAUCGCGACGAAUUCUCGCCAGUUAGAACAAAGCGUCACGCUGCUGAUCACGCGACGGAUCUAGUCUCGCCUAUCGAGUCCUGGGAGGACAAUUGGUUGUUCCAGAAGAAGAAAACCUCCCGAUCGCAACCAGAUGCGGUUGCCAUGUUGGUACCGAGUUCCAAUGCGGAUUAUAAGGCCCUAAUCGGCGAUAGAGAUGCUGAGGACACGUCUGAUUUAUCCGAGUGCUCCUCUACGAAAUCCGACGAAGAGAUCGAGAAGGAAUUGAUAGAAGCAAUCAAUAAUGUUGUCCCCAGAACUCCUAGAACCUCCGAAUGCGACGCGAAAAGUAAUCAGAUGCUAAACAGUCAGAAAAUGCUAAGCGAUACGGAAUGCAGGAGAAACGAGGUUGACGCGUGUCAAAAGGAAACAAAGGUCGAAGAAACUGUGGUUAUUUGCAAACGUUUCAAUAAAGAUGAGAAGAAUGCGAAAGUUAAUGAAAAUCUCUUAGAAGAAAAAACAAUCAAGGAUGAAGAUGAUAAAGAGACACAAAAUGAAAGUUCCUCAACGCUGAUAACAGUAGCGGAAAAAAAUAUAGAAGCCAUAAAGUCAAAUGAAGAGAAACCUAAGAAUACAAUCGAGAGCGAUGAGAAAACAAUUGUGAACAUCGCGGUGGAAAGUUUCGCGCAAACGAGCAUGAAAAUGCAAUCUGAAAAACCUAAUGAAAGAAACGAUCGAGAAGGAAACAUCGCUGAGGAAGAGCAACAGGAGAGCGAAUACACCGAACAUUACGACACGGCGAUUCAGAGGCAUUUAGAUAGUCUGACGAAAGUCGAAGUUUGUUCCGCAGAGAGUGAGAUGGCUGACGAAACUAGGAAAAUUACGGACGAACAACUCAGGAAAUCGGAGAACAACUCAACCGAAAAACAAAAAAGCGAACGCUCGGAAGCCGAAGUCCAAUUGUCUUAUGCAACAAUCGAGGAAGAUUAUGUCGAUGCGACGACUAACAAUGAUCGAUUAAGCGCCCCGCCACGUCCAGGCACAAUAGCGGAGCGCGAGCACAAGAAAUGGGAAAAUGCGCUGCCGAUCGAAAACAAUCCCUACAGCGAAGAAAGUAUACGGAAACGAUGCUUGGAAAGGCAAUAUUCGCGAACUUCAGAUAUUUCGGGAGCCCAUUACGAGCUAACGAAGCUAAACGAAGUGAAUUUAGAGACGCUCCUAGUACCCAAUCGACCAGAUAUCAAACGUUUCGGCAGGGACUACUACAUCAAUCAGUCGAAGGCGGCCAACGGGGAGCAGCACGAGCGGGCCAGAUCGGCGAUGUCCUCGGUGUCAAGCAGACCGAGCAGCUCGCUAUCCCAGCAGUCGAACAGCGACGAACAGCGCGAACAACAGGUGAGUCAACAGCACGAGCUCGAGCGAUUCGAGGGCGCAUCGCUGCGCGGCAGCCUCUCUCGACGACGCUGCCGCGAUCCGCGCGCCAGUCCGCACUUUGCGAUCAACCCCCUUCUGCACCUGGAACUCGCGCGAUCGUCCGCGAAUGAUCGAUCGGACUGCGACGGCGGCGAGGAGCACGCCGGGAAUCUCGUAGGAAAUGCGCGAACGGCGGAUAACGCGAUUGAGAACGCGACGGGGAAUCGAGACUCGAGGAAUUGCGCGAAAUCGAAUCUGAGAGCGAUUUGCGAGAAGCAAGAGGGCAACCGCGUCCUGGCGGAGAGCUUGGAGACCAACACGGAUUUCCGGCAACUGGUGUCGGCGGACUGGAGUCGACUUUGGCGUAGUGAUCGCGACGGAGAUCCACCAGUUGACGAAGAGCCGAUAAUGCCGCAAUACGAUGACAGCCGUGAGGAGUUGCCGUGCGAUUGCGACGGGCGCGAUCACGAUUCCGGAAUGUGCUCUAUCGGCUCGCGGGACUCCGAGACGAGCGAUCGCUGGCGGAAGCUGUACCAGAUGGAGGAUAACGAUUGUCACGACGAGCAAAUAUCGUCGAUCGGCGGCAGAAGGUUCUGGACCACCGGCAAGUAUCACACGUAUGGCGGUAUCAGAAUUCGAUCGAAGAAAACGGAGGACUUGGACGACUUCGAGGACGAAUUGAUCUCGCCGGAGAACUGUUUCGCAGAUCAUGCUACGGAAUUCGCGAAAUUGAAAUUUCAGACCUUCGGUGGGAUUAAGAGGAGCAGGAAAAUCAACAAGAAGAAAAUUCCGAGUUACAGGAGGAUCCGGCUAAGACCAGUUCUGUCGGAAGCUAUAAUUUCCAAUACGGAAAAAAAUUGUGAUCGAGUCGAAACGGAAACAUCGGCAAAUUUUGAGCUGUAUUCUAACGUCGAUUACGCAGGGAGUUUCGAUCGAUUGGCAAGUUUAAAUAGUUCAGCGAGUUUCGAAGGAUUUACGAGCUUCGAGCACUCGACAAGCUCGACUUUCGAAGAGAGCGAUUGGCAGGAUGAAGAAGAUGACGUCACAAACGAUCGGGUAUCCGCGAGAUACACACAAAUUGCACGUGGUAGAAAUCGAACAAGUCCCAAAAUAAAACACAGAAAUUUAAUUCGUAGGAGUAAUAGAAAUUCAUCCUGCCUCUGGUCCUUGCCGACCGAGGAUGACGAGUGGCAGGACGAGAUCGAUUGUGCCUCCGGCGAGAUUAUAAUGAAUAAAUUCCUGAAGGAUGUCUCGAAGCGGAGGAAAGCGUUCAGUGACGACGAUGUUACGACACAAGAAAGAGAAAACAGAUCUCGAAAGCAUCGAGAGACAUUUGAAAAAAAUAGCAACGGAGGAUUGGAAAAAUCGAAAAAUAAUGAAAACAAUCUAGAGAGCUCGAAGGAGUCUCAAAUGCAAGAGCAAUGGAAGAGCGAUAAUAACAGACCCAAGAAGUUGAACGUGAGAAGUUUGAGCGAUGUCACAAUAUGGUGAUGAGCACCAAUUUGUAAAUAGAAUAAAAAUCGAUGGAAAGGAUGCGCUAAUUGUGGCGCGAUUGCCAUAAUGAAGUGGCCAUAUUAUAAAAAUGAAUAUGCUAUAUCUUAACAGAAAUAAUCCUAAAAAUGUUCUUACCAUAUUAUAUCGCAAAUACUAAAAUAUAUUUUAGAGAGAGACAGCGCAGAAUUUAUAAUUUACUAGCAAGAGAAAAUGGAAGAUAAAGCAUAUCAAAAUAAACAGGUGCAUCAAAAUGGAAGAUAGAAUUAAUGGAGAAUAUUGUGGGAUUUUCUAGACGACGUGUGAAUGUUAGAAAUUCGCAGUGGUCGGGUUAACGGUUGUAAAGAUUUAUUAACGAUAAUUUAAUAAUUGUAUUUAAUGCUAUGUAUAUAGUCGAUUUCUUCUAUUCGGUGCGAUAAUGUACCUGAGAAUGAAAUGCGAGUGCAUUCAUAUUAAUGCCAUAACUUCGAUAUUCAUUGAGAUAAGAGUGCCAUAGCGCGAUGCGCUAAUAUACUAAUAAAUAAAUAAGUGCAAUAAUUAUACACGAUUAACACGGCUAAAAGGUAAUAUUUAUACGAUGAUCGGUCGUAGAUGGUUAAUAAAUACGGGUAUAUAAAAGUCUGAGAUGUGUGUGUAUAUCACAAUAAUACUGAUUCUCCCGUUCCUCAACAGGUUCCCAACUAAAUUUUGUUCAUAACUACGUUUUAAUAUUAUUCAAUACUAUUCUCUCUUAUUAAUAUUGGUGAAAUUAAUAAUAAAUAAGCUCGUGUAUGUUAUUAAUAAUUAACUUCUAAUUGUUACGUUUCAAUAUUCGCUUUUAAUAUACGAAAAGCGAUUAACAAUGACCCUACGCAUGUUAAUUUGUAAUAAUUGAUUUAAUCCAGGAUUAAAAUUAAUCAACACUUAUAUUACAAAUGAAUACGAGAAGUUUACAUCUCGCGAUAGAAAAUAUUUUAAAAAAUAAUGGAAAGUUUUUUUCUUUGAAAACAUCUAAUGGUCAGUUUUUUCAUGCGUAUCACAUCUGGCAAUUAAAUAAGGACUUAAAAUUGUUGAAAUUUUUAAAUAACAUUAUUCAUGUAAUAUACAGACAAUCCUGUAUACAUAUUCUACACAUACUUUUGGUAUAUUGGUAGAAAGAUUUUAACUAAUUACCUAAUCUAACUAUAAUUAGAUAAAAAUUAACCUUACAAUCGCAUGAAAUUUAUAGGUAACGGUUAUUAUUUAAUAUUAUCUUUGUUGCUCCAUAGAAGUUUGCAAGCUAUAUGUAAUUUUCGAUGUCAUCUCUUUGAUGUUAAAUAUUAAAAUACAUUCAAAUCUCCUGAUAUUUUUAAAAGAACAUUGGAGACUUUUAGAUUAAAAAAGAUUUUACAGUUUCUUUUAAAUUUUACACUUUUUUAAAUACAUUACAAUAACGAUUGUAAACACGAAUUGAUUAUUUCAGAGAAUUUAUAUCAAAACUUGCAAACAUUUGACCGCUUUAGUGAUUCUGUAGUUACUCGAAGUAACCAAUCUAUAAUACAAAAUAAAUUUGUAUCGUCGUA